AUGGCUUUGGGAAAACAUCCUUCUUUAAAAGCAGAGUUAACCAGUUGGUGUGAAGAAGUGGGCAUCUGCGAGACACAUGCUGUGAUGUUGUUGAAUGUACCCACACGCACAGAAGUGGCAGUUAUUGAAGAUGUAAUGCAAGGGGUAAAAUCACUAGGAAGAGUUCGUGUAAGAGACACCAGAGAAGGACCUACCUCACAUUCUAUGCUAGUAUUGUGUGAAUGCAAACAAACUGUUGAUGUCACGCGUAUACCACCAGAAUUGACGCCUGAUGAAACAGGUGAACCCUGGACAGUUGUAGUAGUCUCUACAAAAGACACCUUACCUGACACUCCAUCAGAUGGAUUUACUGAAAAGCUUACAAAGUUUCUGACGGGAGAAGGAAAGUCAUUAGCGGAUGUACAAGCUUUGUUUUCUCCCCGCAGUUCAGCCGAUGGGUCCCCAGAAUCCAUCAUACGGGCCGUGGGUGAGAUUUUGGAAAAGACUGUGAAACCCUCUGGAGAAAGCAGUGCUUACAGACGUCUACGUACCUUUUCUGCCAUAAUGCCAACACCCAUGGGAGAGGAAAGUAUGGAGAACUGGAUGGAACAGGCCCGCUUAAUGAUAACAGAGUGUGAAUGCACCGAAAAAGAAAAACGACGAAGAAUUAUUGAAAGUGUUAAAGGACCGGCAUUGGAAAUAAUAAGAGCAGUUCGUUUCUCCAAUCCUGAGGCAAGUGCAUUGCAGUAUUUGGAGGCAUUAGAGAGCACAUUUGGGUCAUCUGAGUCUGGGGAGGACUUGUACUUUAAGUUUCGUUUGAUGCGUCAAAAUUCAGGUGAGGCUCUGUCUGAGUUUCUAAGACGUAUUGAUAAAACCCUGCACAAAGUAGUGGAACGUGAUGGACUGUCUCCUAGAUUGGUGGAUAAGGUUCGUGUGGAACAGCUGAUAAGAGGUGCUGUGCAUUCCGACAUGAUGUUACUUCAGUUAGGACUUCGUGAACGAAGGGAACGCCCGCCCUCAUUUCUAAGUCUGUUGAAAGAGAUAUACGAGAGGCUGAGGAAAAUGAAGCAGCCCGACACAGGAUGA